AUGGCGCCUGUCUCGAAGCAACGAAAAUUGGAUCGUGAAUCCUCAUCCAAGAAGACUCGCGACAGCUCAGACGAAGCCGCCUCCUCUUCCUCGCCUUCACCCGAGCCAGAGCAACACCAGCAACUAGAAACCUCCUCUACCGAAGAUUCCCCAAAGACCUUCAAAGACCUAGGCGUCAUUGAGCAGCUAUGCGAUGCGUGUACGUCGCUCGGUUACAGCAAACCCACGCCGAUCCAAGCACAAUCGAUCCCGAUCGCGCUACAAGGCAGAGAUUUGAUUGGACUGGCUGAAACUGGCAGUGGAAAAACGGCGGCAUUUGUUCUCCCAAUUCUGCAGGCUUUGAUGGAAGCGCCUCAAACACUGCAUUCCUUGAUUCUGGCUCCUACCCGUGAACUCGCCCAACAAACGUCUCAGGUGGUCGAGGCAUUAGGCUCGUUGAUAUCGGUGCGAUGUACGCUGCUGAUCGGAGGAGUUGACAUGGUGGCUCAGUCAAUGUCUCUGGGAAAGAAACCACAUGUUAUUGUCGCUACACCAGGACGUCUUCUGGACCACCUCGAAAAUACGAAAGGGUUCUCUCUACGACAGUUGAAGUUUUUGGUGCUGGACGAAGCUGAUCGUUUGCUGGAUAUGGAUUUCGGUCCCAUUCUGGAUAAGAUCUUGAAGAUUCUACCAAAGCCAAACCGCAAGACAUACCUCUUCUCCGCGACGAUGUCGAGUAAAGUUGAAUCGCUGCAGCGCGCAUCGCUCACGAAUCCGGUCCGUGUUUCCGUGUCUACCAAAUACCAAACCGUGUCUACUCUGAUCCAGCGAUAUGUCUUCCUGCCGCAUAAAUACAAGGAUAUCUACCUUGUCUAUCUUCUGAACGAAUGGGCCGGGCAAACGGGAGUGAUAUUCACACGGACAAUUCACGAGACUCAAAGAGUGACCCUUAUGUUGCGGAAUCUAGGAUACUCGAGUAUCCCUAUUCACGGCCAGCUUUCCCAGAGUGCACGAAUAGCGUCCAUCACCAAAUUCAAAGCCAAGGCGCGGAACUUGCUGAUCGCCACAGACGUAGCAGCUCGUGGUCUUGAUAUCCCCUCGGUCGAUUUUGUCGUUAAUUACGAUUUGCCCCUAGAUAGUCAGUCGUACAUUCAUCGAGUUGGUCGAACUGCACGUGCCGGCAGGAGCGGAAUCGCCAUAUCGUUCGUCACGCAAUAUGAUAUCGAGACAUGGAUGAGGACGGAAAAGGCUUUGGGAAAGAAGCUGGAAGAGCACAAGAUUGCCAAGGACGAGGCUAUGCUUUUUGCCGAGCGCGUUGGCGAGGCGCAAAGGUCAGCCGCUAUCGAAAUGAGGGACAUGGACGAGAAAAGAAAUGGGCCGAGGUCCCGCCAAAACAAGGGUGGGAAGAGGUCCCGGGAAGGUAUGGAUGAAGAUCAAGGUUGA